CACAUAAAAAUUGCGUUCAAAAUCAAACAAGACAGUGGUAACUUUAUUAUAAUCCCUGAUUUUUGGCCUUUUUUAGUUUGUUGUUGUACUUGCUGCAAUUUAAAUAACUUCAUCAUCAUGCCCAAAGUAAAAGCCGAAAAGAAGUUUCGAACUCAUAAAGAAGCGACAAAGCAAGUUACAGGGAUAAUGUUUAACACUGGAGUUGGACAACAUAUUUUGAAAAAUCCACUAAUAAUAAAUGGUAUGGUUGAGAAGGCUGCAUUGAAAGCAACGGACACUGUUUUAGAAAUUGGUCCUGGAACUGGUAACAUGACAGUUAAGAUGCUUGAGAAGGUAAACAAAGUCAUCGCUUGUGAAAUUGAUCCACGUAUGUCUGCUGAACUUCAAAAACGUGUCUGUGGGACCCCACUUCAAAAAAAGUUGCAUUUGAUGGUUGGAGAUGUUUUAAAACUCGAAUCUUUACCAUUUUUCAACGUUUGUGUGGCCAAUCUUCCUUACCAGAUAUCCUCACCUAUCGUAUUCAAAUUACUUUUACAUCGACCCUUAUUCAGAUGUGCUGUGUUAAUGUUUCAGAGAGAAUUCGCUCAACGUUUGGUUGCAAAACCAGGUGAAAAAUUAUAUUGUCGGCUGUCAAUCAACACACAACUGCUUGCAAGAGUGGAUCUCUUAAUGAAGGUGGGAAAGAAUAACUUCAAACCACCGCCUAAAGUAGAAUCGAGUGUUGUUAGAAUCGAACCCAGGAAUCCACCACCACCAAUUAAUUUCACGGAAUGGGACGGACUUGUAAGAAUUGCUUUUCUGCGUAAAAACAAAACUUUAUCUGGUCUUUUCAGAACAUCUUCUGUGUUGGAAAUGCUUGAGAAAAAUUAUCGGAUACAUUGUUCACUUAAUAAUGAGACUGUACCAGAUGACUUGUGCAUGAAAACAAAAGUUUGUUCAAUAUUGGAAGAAAAUAAUUUUGAUUCAAUGCGAGCUCGUACAAUGGAUAUUGAUGACUUUUUAAGGUUGUUUCAUAUGUUUGACCAGUGUAUGAGUCUAAGUGCAUUUUAAAAAUCUCGCCCCUUU